AUGGCCGAGUCCACCUCCUCUUCAUGCGUGCUAUGCUGCAAUACAAUUGACAACAUAUCGCGCUAUAAUACUGUCGGUGUAUGCAAUCAUCCUGGAUGCUGUAGUAUCUGUGCAUUGCGUCUACGUCAAUUAUUGGGUCAAACAACGUGCGUCAUGUGCAAGACGGACAUGCCGCGUGUCGUGUGUGUGACAAGCGAAGAACAGAGUUUUGAUUCAUUUCAAGACUGGGGAGAUAAUAUCGGUCCGGCACACGUGUUUGACGACGCAUCUGCUAUGUUUUUCCUAAAGGAAGAUUAUGUGAAACGUAUUCGGAAGCUGCGGGACCCCUGGUGCAAGAAAUGUGGCAAGAAAUUUACGACGGUGGCUUCUUUGCGGACCCAUGUGCUGGAUGUGCAUGGGUUGCAGUACUGUAACACUUGUCUGGAACAUAAGAAGGUGUUUCUAGAAGAGCUGGAGCUAUUUACAAAGGAUCAAGUCAAGACACACAGUACCAAAGGGAUGCCAAGAGAAGGGUUUAUGGGCCACCCAAAAUGUGAUUUUUGUUUCUCCAGGUUUUAUUCAACGACGGAACUGUACGACCAUUUGAGAAAAAACCAUUUUGAGUGCGAUAUCUGUUUGUAUCAGUUACAUGUCCAGAACCGAUACUACAAGGACUAUAACGACUUGGAAAAUCAUUUUCGAGCUGAUCACUUUUUAUGUGAAGAACGAGAGUGUUUAGCCAAAAAGUUUGUCGUCUUUAAGACACAUUUGGAUCUCCAGGCACAUUUGACAGUCGACCAUCCGCAUAUUCGGACGAGUCGCAAGAUCGACGUACAUUUCACGGUCCGUCGGGCAUCGCAGAGAGAUGAAGAGCAGUUUCAAGACCCGAGGUUGUUCCAGCAGUCGACGGGAAACCACACGAUCAAUGUCGCAGACUUUCCGUCACUUUCAGGGUCAGACAGCGCCGCCGCAGGACCGUCAUUCUCGUUGUGGGAUAACCAAGCAGUGUCUCGCCGCGCGACAUCCGAGGACUUCCCGGCACUAGCAUCAAGCUCGUCUGCGAACAGAUCUGGCUCGACAUUCCGCAACGUACUGGCCCCACCACCUUCGGCAGCUUUGCGCGCGCACAUGAACAACAACGGGUGGGAGUACGAGAAUCCAAAUUUGGCUUCGGCUGCCGCAGUGUUAGGCGCAAACAAUCCGCUGCUCGGAGUGUUGAAGCCUGCUCGAAAGAAUAAUAAAGGAAGAAAGAAAGGCCGGAAGUCGGGCGGCGGCUUCGAAGAGAAGUUGGCCGCCUCCGCUCCUGCACUUCAGGAAGAUGAGUCCGAGUCGGAAGAUGACGAAUCUGUGAGUUCAGCACCAUCUAAGACUGCAGUUGUGCUCAAGAUCCGCCAGGUUCUGGGUAGUGAUGCCAAGUACGAAGUCUUUCGCGAGGAUUGCAAGCGAUUUCGCUUGGGUGAGAUGGAAGUUUCAGCUUUUUACGCCAAAAUGCGUGAUUUGCUCUCGCCUGCAGACUUUUCACAGCUUUUCUUACCGCUGAUGCGACUGUCUCCGGACAAGGAGCAAGUCGACACAUUCUUUGCAUAUCACAAACAGAUAAAGAAACAACAACGCGUUCACGCCAAUGGUUUCCAGGAGUCGACCUCGAAGCGAAACAAGAAGGUUACCAAACAGCAGCGAGUUCAAACGGAACAAAAGGCGCCAACUUUGCGCCAAAAUAACAACCGCCAGCCACCGACACCGUCACAGUCUGGAUGGGGAAAUGCAAUGAAGGAGAGUGGCGUGAAAACGGCUAUGGGGCGGAAGCCCUCUGCAAUUGUGCAUAAUACGAAUAUGCGCUCAAUAUUAGGUCGAGAUACUCAGCCAACCACACAGUGGAGUUCGUCUGAUAGCUGGCAGGCACCACCACCUGCCGUGCCUCGCGUAUCUACAUCUUCUACGAGUACCAAGCCUCAGAGCGCUCUGGUCGACGCUUUCACUAGUCUUAGUGUUUCAUCGUCAUCAUCAUUGUCGGCUGGACACGACGCUGCUGCUUCGGCAUAUGCGUCAACCCGGACUCCAGAGCUAUGCCAGAAUACUGUGCCUCCUGCAGUACCCAGUUUUAAGACCGCUAAGAGCGACUUUCCUGAGUUGCCAAAGGCUGCCAAGCCGAUUGGCGUGCAGCCCGUAACACGUGCGACGUGGGAUGACCAGGUGCAGGCGAUAGCACAGGACCGUGGUCCAAGCACCUCUCAUGGCGGUCGAAGCAAUGGUAAGAAGAAGCAAAAGAAGAAAACAAUGUCACUCCAGGAAAUGGCCAUGCAUUUUGGUUAA